GGAGGAGGAGGUGGGGGACGCGGGCUCCGAUCCCAGUAAGGGCGGACUGGGCGGACUGGGACGGGAGCGCGAGCGCUGGGCAGGCCGGGCCAGGGUCCUGCUGAGGAAGGGAACGGCGGCGGCGGCGGUCAUGAGUCCGCCCGUGGCCGGAGAGAAGCGGCCGGCUCUGGUCACCUGCACGGCGCCGGUCAACAUCGCGGUGGUCAAGUACUGGGGAAAGCGAGACGAAAAGCUGAUCCUGCCUGUUAAUUCAUCCCUCAGCGUCACCCUGCACCAAGAUCAGCUGAAAACAACCACCACAGCCGCUCUCAGCCGGGACUUCACGGAGGACCGCCUCUGGCUGAAUGGGGAGCCGGCUGACAUCGAACAGCCCCGUCUCCAGACCUGCCUGCGGGAAAUCCGUCGCCUGGCUAGGAAGCGCCAUGGUGAGAGAAAUGGGGGUGACGAGGGGGACCUCCCUCCUCUGAGCUACAAAGUCCACAUAGCCUCGGAGAACAAUUUCCCCACUGCGGCGGGCUUGGCCUCUUCUGCUGCUGGCUAUGCCUGCCUGGUCUACACUCUGGCCCAGCUCUACGGCGUGGAGGGGGACCUGUCCGAAAUUGCUCGCCAGGGCUCUGGGAGCGCCUGCCGGAGUAUGUUUGGGGGCUUCGUGCAGUGGGUGAUGGGGAGCGAUGCCGACGGCAAAGACAGCGUGGCCCAACAGGUGGCGCCAGAGACGCACUGGCCGGAGCUGCGAGUCCUGAUCCUGGUGGUGAGUGCAGAGAAGAAGGCGGUGGGCAGCACGGCCGGAAUGCAGACCAGUGUGAAGACCAGCCUCCUGUUGAAGCACCGUGCCGAGGCUGUGGUCCCGGAGCGCAUGGCCCAGAUGAUCCAGCACAUCCGGCAGAGGGAUUUUGAGGCCUUUGGUCAGCUCACCAUGAAGGACAGCAACCAGUUCCACGCCACCUGCUUGGACACCUUCCCGCCCAUCUUCUACCUCAAUGACACCUCCAAGCAAGUCAUAGCCCUGGUGCACCGCUUCAACGCCCAUCACGGGGAAACCAAAGUGGCCUAUACGUUCGAUGCCGGUCCCAACGCUGUCCUUUUCCUGCUGGAUGAGACGCUGGAGGAAUUUGUGGGAGUGGUCCAACACACCUUCCCUCCCAAGAGGAACGGAGACCAGUUUCUUAAGGGGCUCCCCGUGAAGGCAGCGAGUCCCUCGGAGGAGCUGCUGGCGGAGGUGGUCCGGGAUCCUCUCCCAGGAGCCAUCCGGUACUUGCUGAUCACCAAGCCCGGCCCAGGACCUUCGGUUGUGGACGAUGGGAGCUGCCAUCUCCUGGGAGAAGACGGGAUGCCUGCAAGCAGCAGCUGAACCUGCUGCUCUCUGGGGCUGCCCCAGAGCCAGCCAGUUGCAGGAGGGAAGGCCGGGCUGACAGGUCGCCUUUGGCUGUGGCCCAAAGGGAUCAUAUUUGAGGGUUUUUACCUGUCCUCAUCGCCCGUUUCGUACUCGGCUUCUUGAUUCGGCACCUCAAGUCUUGUGACCCCUAUUUAUAUCAGUGAAUACUCUUUCAUUUCUUGGAUACAAUUUUAUGAUUAAGAGAGGUUUCUAAAAUAAAUGAGAUCUUG